GUGAAGCGGAAGCCAUUACUCUCGAGAGGCGAUUACUGUAAGACACAUGGGCAAAGGAGAGGUCUGCGGCUUCUCCCUUCGACCUGUUGGGGACCCUCGACUUCCUUACAGCAUAUGGAGCCUGUCAUAUGAACUUAGUCUCCGGCGGCGGCUUCCGAGACCUCCGCUCCCUCGAUUGUACCCCAGCCCUAGGCCAGCCUGUUGAGAGCCGUGGAAUCCAGAGAGUAGCUUCCUGCAGGACUUCCACAGGACUCCAGUGCCCUGCUGUCCAGGAAAUUGACUCCUUCUCACAGGAUGGCAGCUCUUGGCCUGUCUCCCACAUUUGCUGUGUCCACCCAGAACCCUGCUUUUCUCCAAGAGUCAGAAUUUCCUCUGUCUUCAAAACACCAUUCCUGUCCCCAGAAUUUAGACCUGUUUGCUUCCCAUGGUCUGGAGCCUCCUACACCACCCAGUGUUUCUUCUCAGGAAUCCGUGACUUUCCAGGAUGUAGCUGUGGACUUCACUGAGAAAGAGUGGCCCCUGCUGGAUUCUUCUCAGAGAAAGCUGUACAAGGAUGUGAUGCUGGAGAACUAUAGCAACCUCACUUCACUAGGGUAUCAGGUUGGCAAACCCAGCCUCAUCUCACACUUGGAGCAAGAAGAAGAGCCGAGGACAGAGGAGAGGGGCAGUCAGCACGGCACCUGUCCAGAUUGGGAGACUCCAUCUAAGACCAAGUGGUCAAUCCUCAUGGAAGAUAUUUUUGGGAAGGAAACAUCCAGUGGUGUGACAAUGGAAAGAGCUCAUCUUGGGGAGAAAUCCACUGAAUACGCCCACUUGUUUGAAGUCUUCAGCAUGGGUGCUCAUCUUACUCAGCCAAUGGGGAGACACCCCGGCAAGAGGCCCUACCAUCGCCACCAUUGUGGGGCAGCCUUCAAGAGCAGGACACCUCUCACUCAGCACGUGAACGUGUAUGAUGGGAGGAAGAUGCACGAGUGCCAGCAGUGCCAGAAGGCCUUCACCACGAGCGCCUCCCUCACCCGACACAGGAGGAUCCACACUGGGGAGAAGCCCUAUGGCUGCAGCGACUGUGGGAAGGCCUUCAACGACCCCUCUGCCCUCAGGAGCCACGCACGGACACACCUCAAAGAGAAGCCCUUCGACUGUAGUCAGUGUGGGAACGCCUUCCGCACCCUCUCGGCCCUGAAGAUCCACAUGAGGGUCCACACUGGCGAGAGACCCUACAAGUGUGAUGAGUGUGGCAAGGCCUACGGCAGGAGCUGCCACCUCAUUGCACACAAGCGAACACACACUGGGGAGCGGCCCUAUGAGUGUCAGGACUGUGGGAAAGCUUUCCAACACCCCUCACACCUGAAGGAACACGUCAGGAAUCACACCGGGGAGAAGCCCUACGAGUGCACACAGUGUGGCAAAGCCUUCCGCUGGAAGUCUAACUUUAAUUUGCACAAGAAAAACCAUAUGGUGCAGAAAACCUAUGAAUGCAAAGAAUGUGGGAAAUCCUUUGGUGACCUCUUGUCACGGAGGAAACACAUGAGAAUCCAUAUUGUGAAGAAACCAGUGGAAUGUCGCCAGUGUGGGAAGGCCUUCCGAAACCAGUCCAUCCUGAAGACACACAUGAAUUCUCACACAGGAGAGAAGCCCUACGGGUGCGAUCUCUGUGGGAAAGCCUUCAGCGCCAGCUCCAACCUCACCGCACACAGGAAGAUCCACACUCAAGAGAGACGCUAUGAAUGCGCAGCCUGUGGGAAGAUCUUUGGUGAUUAUCUGUCACGGAGGAGGCACAUGAGCAUCCAUCUGGUAAAGAAGCGUGUAGAGUGUCGGCAGUGCGGGAAAGCCUUCAGGAACCAGUCCACCCUGAAGACCCACAUGAGGAGCCACACAGGAGAGAAGCCUUACGAGUGCGACCAUUGCGGGAAGGCCUUCAGCAUAGGCUCCAACCUCAACGUGCACAGGAGGAUUCACACCGGGGAGAAGCCCUACGAGUGCCUUGCCUGCGGGAAGGCCUUCAGCGACCACUCAUCCCUCAGGAGCCAUGUGAAGACACAUCGGGGAGAGAAGCUCUUCCCGGCCUCAGUGUGGAAGAGGCUCCAGUGAGCACUCCAGUAGGUGACGGGAACACUCGGACCAGAAAGGAACCUUCAGAUGUGAGGGAGAAGCUCUCACCUUACAGAGCACAAAAGGAACGUAGGCGAAAUCCAGUUGGUGUGAAGCCUGUGAGAAGACAAGUUGUUUCUCAUCAGUUGGGAGAACAACACCGUGGGGGGAUGUAUCUGGUGUGGAAAAGCCUUCAGUGUACAUCUAGUUUGUAAACACAUGAGAACUUAGGGGAGAGGCCCAGCUUGGCAUUUAACGUCAAGAUACUUCAGCAGGCUGGACUGCGGCCCUGUGGUAGAGUGCUUGCCUAGCAUGCAUGAGGCCCUGGGUUCCAUCCCCACCAAAAAAAAAAAAAAAGAAAUAAUUUCAGCAACACUUUCUCAACCUUUUGGACACAUUAGGGAGAAUUUUUGUCAGUGCAUUGAUGGGGGAAAUCUUUUCAUUCUCACACUGAAGAGAAAAAUCUAUGGGGUGAGGAAUGUGGGAAGUCCAUAAAAGGGGUGAGCAAACUAACCAGCUGUCUGUGUUUGUAUGGUUCAUAAGCUAAGAAUAGUUGUUCCAUUUUAAGAGGAGAGUUUGUGCAGAGACCCUCUGUGGCCCUCAAAGCCUGAAAUGCUUGCUAUUUAUAGAAAAGCUUUGCUGAGCCUUGGUCCACAGCAGUGGUCCUCAACAGGUAGGGGUUUUGUUCCCCAGGGGACAUUUUUGGUUGUUACUGGGGGAGGAGCCACUGACAGGUAGUGGGAAGACAUUAGGAUGGUGCCAAGCAUCCCACAGUGCCCAGGAGCCCCUGCCCCCCCCCCACUUCAAAGAAUUGUGUGCCCUACAAUAACAGUAUGCUGAGGUUAAGAAUAAUUGUACUUAACGUUGGCACCAAACUAGAAGAAAUUUCUUUUUAAUUUUUUUUUUUAAUUAACAUGGUUCUUUGAAGAAAUUUGUAAGAACUUAACAUUGCUGAUAAUCCCUAUGUGUCCCCUCACUAGUGCAAAUGAGAAGCUUUGAUGGUAUUCUCCAGUGAACGCAGGAUUGCACUUCUCAGUCCUUCAUCAUGAAAACAGGCCCUAGCUCAUGAAUUUCUAGUCUUUAUUUUUAAGGUUAUGCUCCUCUAAAUAACCAUUAGGCCUCAUCACAAAAGGUUUGUAUAUAGUAUUUUUACUGUAGCUUCAUUCUUAAAAUACCUAAUUUCCUUUUGGACAACUUUCUUGACCAAUGGCAUAUUUAGAAUUGUGUUACAUACUGGGUGCAAAGGUAUUUUAUAGUACCUAUUACUGGUAUCUGAUUUCAGAUGCAUUGUGAUCAAAGCAUGAAGUCAAAAGAAUUCAAAUCUCAUAUUCGUAAGGUGUGCUAUUUUUUAAUGUCUCUUAAACAGAUUUUCUUGCAGUUGGUACUGUCUGCAUCCCAUAACCCUGGCCAUUGACAAAUAAGCAGAGGCCACUGUAUGGGUUUCUGAGAAAAAGCUCUUGAAAAAUAGUCCUUCUUACCUAGAUUCUUCUCUCCACAUUUGGUUCUUUUCUCCCUACGUCUCACCUUGCAAGGAAAUUCAGCUCCUAGUGUUGAAAGAUUUGUGGUUGUGAAGACAAAAGCCAGUCUAAGGAGGAUGCUGCAGCAAAGUCACAGUGAGCAGGGCUUCCCUGUGGCCUCCGAGUGUCUGUGCCAGCCCUGGGUUUGUUAAUUCCAGACCUCCUAUUACAUGAGAAGAAAUAAAACUGAUUACUGGCUUAUGACGCUA